CCCUUUUUUAAAGGUUUAGUGGGAGGUGCAUGUGCUUUAUUUACACUGUGGCCGCUCCGCCCUACAACCAGGAGAUAGAAAACUGUCUGCGGGCCGGCAGAGGGAAUGAAACAAGUGGAAGGAGAUGUAGCAGACAUAACUCCACCACCACCACCACACCACCUCACCGCACUGUUCACCUCGUCGCCUCCACUCCCUUUCCCCCCAUCUCAGAGCGGCUGUAGCAUCCUCCUCUUUGCAUAACAAGACGAAGGCUCGUCUGCGGCGCCGCACCGGAGCAGCUUCAUGGCCGCGACCCUGACGAUGAGUGGCGGCGGGCAGGAGGACCCCUUCUACCCGCUGCCGAAGGCGACUCUGUCCGCUGGAUUCCCCCUGGAGGAGUCAGUGUUGUUCGGCUUGGAUUGCAAGAUCACAGACUCGGACAAAGCUGGACAACACGACUACACUCAGGCAAAGUGUGAGAUGGACAGGUAUCUCUCCCCUCAGUCUCUUUCCCUUCCGCCUCCAUCAAACAGCCAGCAGAAGUCACAGAGAGACAGCAACAACGUGUUGGAUCACUUCUUCACUGACGACCACAACGGGGCUCCCUACACCCUCAACAUGAAUCUUUACCUCCCCGACGUCACCUACCUGAGGAUGGGCCUGUGUCAGCAGACGCGGCCCCCUCAGCACCAGAACCACACAGCUCUCACCCAAAUCAAAACAGAAUCUGCCUCCCCGUGUUUCUCCCCCAACCUGCAGCUGCACUGCCCCAACACUACACCCACCAGUGCCUGCAACACAUCAGGGCACGGCCCCAGCAGCAUUGCCAUGGAAGCUUCAGCCAUAAACAUGACGCUAACAGGGUUACCAGAUUUCACCAGUGUUUUCAACCAGUCAGGAGGCAGCCGCGGUGGCGAUUCAGUGCCGGAGGUGUUUGUCAAACAGGAAAUGUCAUCACAGUUUGAUCAGCAUUCCCUCAACCACCAUGACAACGGCGGCUCUCUGUUUCAGCUACUAAACUCCGGCAUGGACCAUCACCAUGGCAAUGGUAUGGAGGCUCAGCAUCAGCAGCAUCAUCAUCAGCAGAUACAACACACUUCCACUUCCACAAUCCACACACCUUUCCAUGAAUUGCCAGUAGCUUCUUCUGCAUCCCAACAAGAGCAGACAAAGUCGGCCUACUGUGGUCUGGGUAGGGGUGCAUACACACAUCCUCACGCUCAGGCACUACCACAUUUCCUCCAGCAGCAGCCGCCCUACCUGCCGCCCUCUCCGCCCAGCUCAGAGCCCGGCAGCCCAGACAGACAGAAAGAGCUGCUAAACGCAAUGUCCCCUCCUCCCUCAUACGCAGCCACCAUCGCCUCCAAGCUGGCAGGCAGCACCCCUGGACUGGGACCCGGCCCAGGCCCAGGAAGCUUAGCCCUGCCCCACACUACAGGUCCCACACCAGUCCCAGGCCAUGCUCCUGCAGCAACCUCAGCACCCACCACAGCUCAGACCACUGUGCCUGUUCGCUACAACCGGAGGAACAACCCGGACUUGGAGAAACGACGGAUCCACCACUGUGAUUACCCAGGCUGCAAGAAGGUCUACACCAAGUCGUCCCAUCUGAAAGCCCACCUCAGGACUCACACGGGUGAGAAGCCGUACAGGUGCACAUGGGACAGCUGCGACUGGCGUUUCGCUCGUUCAGAUGAGCUGACACGUCAUUACCGGAAGCACACGGGCGCCAAACCCUUCCAGUGUGCCGUCUGCUCACGCUCCUUUUCACGGUCCGACCACCUGGCUUUACACAUGAAGAGACACCAGAACUAGCAGCAUUUGCACACACACACACACACACACACACACACACAUUCAUUCACACACACACAUACAUUACAAAAACCCAAGCACUAUCCUGACACACAUAAAGCACUCAUUCAAAUCCCCCAACUCUCCAACAGCUACAGUUUUACAAGCUGCCGGAUGCAGAGCGGCUUUCACUGACACCACAGCUCCUCCUGGUGCUGCUAUCAUGUGCUCUAACGGUAUGAUAGCCUAACAGAUGCGUUGCUCUUAACCCAGAGUUGGACAGCUUGGAGGUUUGAAAUUAGGAAGACCUGAGUAGAAGGUCUCUAAACCUCUGGAGGUAGUUGGUAAAUAUUGGUUUGGACAGUAAUGAAGAAGAAAAAGAUUAACAAAAAGAAAUGGUAGCUCUAAAAAGGUCUCCGGUCCAUUUGAACUCUUUUUGUGUGACUGGAAUGAAAGCACUUACCACUCAAUACUUGUACAUCUUUUGUUCCUGUUCUAACAAAGAACUGGCUUCAUAUAUUUUUUUUUUUAUAAAGGAGAAGUGUUUGCUUGCUAAACUAGCCAAGCCAAAUCUUUGUUUACUCUUUGGUUUGUUAGUUUCUCUUAUGUGACUGGAAUAUCCAGAUUUGAUCCUUUGGUUUGCACUAGAAUUGGAAAUCCAAGUCUGAGCCUUUCUGGCCCGUACAUCUCAUUCACCACUGGAACGAUCACUAUCACUACUGGACUGAAUCUCUGUGAACGCCCCACAAAUCAUUGCUGUUUCAGAUAUUAAAAAUUGAAGGCAUUUAUACUCUGGAGAGAGGGAAGACAGGGCAGGGAAUAAAAAGGAGAGCGGGGAGGAGAUGGAGAGAUAGAAAGAUUUUAGAUUUUAUAGAGAGAGAAACAGGGGGAGGCGGGUUGUUGCUAAAGAGCAGCAAUUAAAUGAUGAAUUAUUCAUGCUGCCUCUUUGAUGGAUUUCCAACCAGAUGUAAGCAGAACCCUUAGACGAGUCCAAGAACUUGCUCGGUUAAAUCAGAAUCGACUGUAUUUGAUGCACAAGCUUGCAUUAAUCAUCUUAAAACAACAAUUCCUCUUUCGUAUCCAGCAUUUUGACCUAUAUCAGAUGUUUUACCAAAGUAUCGUUUUCAUCAUCAACACCUUAUUAAGUGCCUCCUUCUCUGGUUUAUGUGUGUUGUGUUCACUGGUAGCAGAUCAAUGUAGACAGACCUUUUAAACACACAUGGUGCUGUUUUUAUCUCUUAAUCCAUUAGAUCUUUAGGUUCAGUUUAAAAACAACAACAAGGUUUACCCAUCAUUCAUUCUUAUUUAACUAAAGGCUGGGCUCAGGCCUUUUCAUGAACAACCUGACAUCAUGUGGAACUUUUGUUCGACUGUCCUGUCUUUGAGGGUUCUUGCUCUCUGACUCUGUACACAACUAACUUGCAACUGGGCUUUAUCAGAUAAUCAAACAUGGACGUGUGUUUUUGUCAAAGGGUAGGUCAAAGUCUUUCUUAAAUCUGUACUUACUUGCCUGUUACUUUCAUCUGAAGAAUAACUAGUUACUCCUCUUAUGUCUACUGCUCAAGAAGUCCCCGCUUUGACACAUUGCAAUUCUGCAACAGUACCGCUCAUGGAAGUUCCACCGUCACUACGCCUUCGUACUUACACACACUGCAACAUUGGUCUACCAGUGUGUGAUUUCACUUUGUGAUACGGCGUUACAGAAAGGCAAGCUUCACAGGGUGUGAGCUUAUGUGUAGGCUCAGAUGCUACACAUUGCUGUUGAUUUUCCCCUUAUCACGCCUCUGUUGCGGCCUGAAUCAGAGGCAGAACGACCUCACCCCACCUUUACGCCAUUGUGUGUUACACAGUGCAGAUGAGGCAUAACAGGGGUGUAAAUAUUGGACAGUGAAGAAGUGAUAGGAGACCAAAUCAAGACAGGAAGUACAAACAUUCAAAGGCUUAUCCGCCUUCUGCGCUGGCGUCAUAGUCCCGAAAGCUGUCUGGAAACAGAACAUACAACACGCAAAAUAUGGAGUCUUGGGUUUCGCGUCACGCUGAAGUGUUCAGUAGUAACCGUAACUGAAGUCACUCCAGGUUCUUCUUGAGCUUGAAGAAUACCUACUAUGUAGCAGAAGCUCGAAAAGUCAGCCUAAAAGAAGUUCUAAGAAGUAUGACUGUUUGUUGUUUUUUCUUCACCAGAAAAGUGGUGGGUUCUUCAACUGUUCUUAGAAUUUAGGCAACGCUUAAGCCUGAAGCCAUUCAAAAGACAAAGUUUUUCUUGUUGAGCAGAUAAGAGGGAUGACAUGUUUACUCUGGAUGAAUUUAAGAAGUAAUUUUUCUACAACACUGAAGUUUUGUCUCCAGUCACUUCAUUGAAAUCACUCGUGUACAAGCUACAGGGUUGGUGAAUAGAAGACUCUUGAGUAAGAGAUAUGAGAGUGUUGUUUUCAGACACAUUUGAGUAAAAGUGACCCUAUCCUUUGAUACAAACUUGACCGUCCACUAUGAUCAUGUGAUUCAGCCAAUGCCUCUAACUGUAUUUGUUCAUUCACUGCAGGUAGCGUAAAGAUAAUAUAGCACUGUAAUGUAUCAAGGUAAAUCUGACUAUUUAUUUGAUUGUGUAGAAGUGGGGGUUGUAUGCGAUCAACCGUCUUUCUCCCCAGCAAAAAAUGCCUUAAUGUAAAUAUAUGCACUGUAAAUAACUUGAUUUUUCUUAUUUUUUUUCCCUCUUUUGUUAUGAUUUUGUAAACAAAAGGGCCAAAAGAGGAAAAUGCCCUGCAUCCAAAAAAUAUUUGAGCCUUUUUUUUUUUAAUUAUGUUCUCUUGUCAAAGAUAUUUUGAUGCCAUUGUUUUAUAUAUUGUCCUUCCAGCGGCUUAUUUUGUAGAUUUGUUUUCUUCCUAGGUAAACGUUCCAAAGACAAAAGUUGUUUUUUUCUUCCAACUGAGUGAAGCCGAACCUAAUAAAGUCAACUGACACUUUUA